CGAGGGCAGCGUCGCGUGUGGCAUGGUGUUGAGCGCCGGCGCGGAGCGCGAAAGACUUGAUCCGGACUGAGGGCACAGCCAGAGUCGGAGUGGACCGAGGGUUCUGGGCUCUACGGCUCUGUCGCAGAUGUGCUUGCGCAAUGUCGUCGGCGUGCGUGGUUCGCUGCGCCCCGCCAAAGUUUCGUUUGCAUGUGCAUGACUCUUCGGCCCGCCCUCGGUUCAAAUGUUAGGCGCCAUGAUGGUUGCAGGGAUGCGCUCAUAGCUCCCAGCCACGCCAUGGUCCGCCGAGGGACAACAACAACACCGCCUCUCCUGGCCUGCAGACUCGCUACCCCACACGCUCCUCCACGCUGCGCAGCCUAGAUGGUGUGAAAGCAUGUCCUUCUCCUACGACCGCUACGACCGCCGCCAGUCCAGCUCCUCCCGCCGCGGCACCUUCAGCUACUGGGUGCCCCUAGUCUUCACCGUCACCGUCGCGACCGCGGGCCUCGCCGCCUGGGUCUGGAGCGAGCGCCGCGACGAUGAGGAAUCCAACGACGACGACUUGAGCUAUGGGGAGGAAGACUUCAGGAAGAUGCCCGAGCCGCGCGACGGGGCUGCGCGCGAGGAUGAGACCAUCUACUCGCGCGUCCAGGGCGUGAUGCGCCGGACGCCCAGCCCCCAGCAGCUGUUCGACACUGUGAGCAAGAGGACGGCCGCAGGCUUUGCUGCUGCGGGCGCUGCUGCUGGUGCUGCCCUCGCGAGCAUUCGCGAGGAGGGCAAGGACGACUACCCCGACCACAGCAGGUGGUCCGAAGAGGCGACGCUGCGACGAAACGUUGAAGCGCAGAGUGAACAGAGCAAGACGGCCGUCGACACCAAUGCGAAGAGCUUCGCUGCUUCUGUGCGAGGUGGACCCUCGAGCGGUGGCAGGAGGAAAACCGUGGCAAUUGUCGUGUCUGCCGAGUCGCUCAUGGACGAUAUCCACGAGGAACACGGCUCAUAUCGCUCUGAAAAUGCUACUAUCCUGUCCCACCUCAACGACACCGACUUCAGCCGCACCAAGCUCUUCGUCCUCGUCUACACUCCGUCUCUCCGCUCUCGACCAAACUCACCAAACCGCGCCGCGUCCCUUGGCUCCUCUUACGAUGCCAUCUCCAACCCAGCGCGAACCCCGGGCGAAGGCGGCCCUGAAGGUCUCUCCGCUGUCGAGCCCCACCCCGAGGAACCCUACACUCCUGCUCUCUCGGCCCGCAGCUCUGAUGACCACCUCUGGAACACUCUCCGCUCCCAAGCCCUGCGUCUCGUCGAGAACCCCGCCAUGGUCAUGCCCUUCACCACUCCCUCCGGUCACGUGCACAUGCUCCGUCACAUCGCACCCGAUCUCGUCUAUAUCGUCGACGCACUAAGCGGCCCCAGUGGUAAGAACAUCUCCGACAUCGCCCGAUGGGUCGGUCAGACCAUUGUUGUCGUCGGCAGCGACGGCACUGGUCUUGGCGGCCUCGUCGACACCGAUGACGAAAGCCAUACCGGUAAGGGCAAGUCUGAGCAUUCCGGCCAUGGAAAUCGUUGGUGGGAGAGCGCGGACAUGGUCGGGCUAGGCAAGGGCGUCGAAGUUGUCGAUGCGUCGAGGCUCACAGAUGAUUACGAAAGGAGGGUUGGCGGAAGGGAGUAAAUGGUCUGCUUGUCGCUUGAUGGUUCUGUUGGAUGGUGUUUGCAUGAUAACCCGAUCACGUAGUGUGAGUAUGUUCUAGUGUUCCGUCUAUCGACAUGUAUGUAACGAAAUAUGAUUUCCAGCGAGGGAUGCAACC